AAGUGAAGGAGCAUUUGGUGGAAUCGGCGACGAAGGAAGAAGAAGAACAAGCUCAGAGACUGAUCCAACCAUUUCAUCAGUUGCACUCACAUUCCUAACCUCCGAAGCUGAUAAAUCUAUAUUUAUUUCAGGGAAGCUGACCUGCCAUCAGUUUACAUGGGAGACAGGGUGGAUAAUUCUAACUGCAGUAUGAGCUCUAAUUCUAAACAAAGCAGUGCAAUCACUGGGAAAAAAACGUACAAGAAACUGCUGGUUGCAUCACGCCCUAAAGGAUUUGCACAGAGAAAUUAUGAACACCUUGUUUCAUUGACCCACGGUGACUUUGGAAGCAGUGCUGUGGGUCGUGUCACAUUUUUUUUACUUAAAGUUGCUGCAUUAGAGACCGUGAGGAGGUUCUCCAAGAGUAGAUUCCCAUGUAUAUGGCGAGGCCUGCAGGGUCUACAAAUCCUUGUCUAUCCACCAUUUAAAUGGAUUCAGAGGUGGGCACCCUUCAGGGGUUUGGUCAAAAGCAUGCAGGUACUGUCAAGACCAUUACUAGUCCUUUCAAUUGCUACAGUCUUUAAUGAUCAACAACAAUUUAAUGAUGGAACCUCAGUAAAUGAUGGAACCUCAAAUCGUGUUACUGAUUCACGUGAUUCAGAAGUAUCUGCGGAACUGUCUCCUGUGCAGUCUAAUUUGAAUACAAGUCAUUGCGAGAGCGCUCCUAAAGUUUUAGAAUAUGAAAAUUGUUUGGUUCAACUCAAUCAAGAGCUGGAAAAUCAAGGGAUUAGUUUGCCAGAAAGAAUCGAUGAGGAUGAGCUCUACAGAUUUUAUUCAGCUUCUAAUAAUGACUUUUCAUGCUUCCUUACCUCAAUCAAGAAAACAAUAUGCUGGCGGGAGAGUUACAGAAUUCUUUCGGGAGAAGAGCUGGAAAAAUGGUCAAAUGUGGUGUUCUGGCAUGGGUCUGAUUUUUUACACAGACCUUGCCUCAUUGUAAGGCUUGGGUUAGCUUGCAGCUCAUUGGCAUCUAAAGAUAGACCUCAAUUUGCUCAGGCAAUAAUAUCACAGGUAGAAUAUGGAGUCUUGCACUUGGUUGAUGCAGACAACUCUCAAAUUACAGUAUUGGUGGACUGUGCAGGGUUAUCUCCAUUGAGAGUUCCCAUGAAAACGAUGAGAUCUUGUUCCUCCCUUCUGCAAGAUCACUUUCCUAAUCGUCUUGGUUGUUUGUUUGUCAUAAGACUUCCAGCAGUUGUUCGUGUUAUUGCCCAGACUUUUAUUCAGGUUUUAAAGCCAGGUACUAGGAAAAAGUUGAAAAUAGAAGGGGAGAUGUAUCAGAAGGUUCUUUAUGAAAAUCUGCCGAUACUACCAUCGUAUCUUGGAGGCUGCUGCACUUGCAUGAAAUGUUCUAAAAUUGGCAAGUUGGACAUAUCUCAUGCGACUGGGACCAGCAGGAUUGAUAGGGAGGAGGACAUCAGUGAGAACGAUGAUUCACCAUCUCUGCAUCCAUCUACUAAUGAAUUAGAUGGACGCCAAAACAGCAAUUAUGACCAAUUGUUGAGAACUGCUGUCAUAAGUAUAAUCGUAUUUUGGGUUUUCGUAGCUCUUGGUGCUGGAAUAUACGAUCCUGGUAGUAGUCAUUUGUCCUCAUAAUGUAAGAUUGGUCAAAUUAGUUUUAUUUCCUUCCCUAGUUGAAUAAAUCUUUUGGGAACGCUUCUAGUAUGAAAUUGUGUUUCUGAAUUAGGAGGUGGCGUUAUCUAAACAGUAAAGGUAUACUCUUUCAGAUUCUUUAGAUAAAAGAUCUCAAGUUUUGGCUUGCACAGAUGUACUACAAGAGCUUU